AUGGCAUUUGCUGGCAAUUUUGACAUCUUGCAUGAUCUGCUGAUGGAUUCAGACAUAAGUGAUGAAUCCAGUAUUCAUGAAGCUGGAGGUAUGUGUAAUGAAAUGGCAAUAUCUGGGAAUGGAAUGGGAAUGGGGCCAAAUUCACAUUCAUCAACCAUCGCAUCGUGCGCUCCCCCUCCCUCUGACCCCAUCCCUGAGGCUGAACCCCAUGUUUCAUCUGAAAUAGACGACGCGGACGUGAUUCCAUCCAGUACGUAUACUUCCGGUGUCUCCGAUUUAAGAAAUUAUAUAAUGAGUAAAAGAAAUGAAAAUACUGUUAAGAAAACUGAGGGAUGUAUUAAAAGAUUUCAAGAGUGUAUUCAGUCUCCUCCUAGGUAUGACAGCAGGGACAUUCUUCAGAUUCUGCCAUUUGAACUAGAUAUAUACAUUGGUGGUUUUUUGCUUUCUCUUCAGAAGAAUGAUGGUUCUAAUUAUGAACCUGAUACCCUAACCAGCUUUCACAGGGGCAUCGACCGCUAUCUGAGGGAAAAUGGUUAUCUUGUCAACAUUCUAACCUCAGAUUUAUUCAGCACAAGUCGACAGGUACUUCAAUCUCGACGGAAAGAGUUAAAACAGAAAGGGCUUGGGAACCGACCCAAUAAAGCCGAACCUGUCAGUGAAAAUGAGGAGGAAAUGUUGUGGGAAUGCGGUCAGCUUGGUCACGGCAACCCACAUGCUUUGCUGAACACAGUAUGGUUCAAUAACACUAAACUUUUGGGGUUCAGGGGAUGUGAUGAGAACAGACAAUUGAAAUGGGGAGACAUAGAAUUAAAAAGAGAUGAAAAUGGGUCAGAAUACCUAGAAUUUAACGAAAGAACAACAAAAACAAGAGGCGGAAACAGUACUCACGUAAGAUCAUUUAAUCCGAAACAGUUUCAAAAUCCUGAAAUUAAGUGGCGAUGUCCAAUCGAAGCCUACAAAUUGUACGCCAAGCACCGUCCUCAGGCCAUGAAUACACCGGAGUCUCCAUUUUAUAUCGCUGUCAAUCAGAACAGCACUGGUGGAAAGUGGUUCAAAAACCAGCCAGUUGGAAGAAACAAACUCGGUGUAAUGAUGAAAACAAUGGCAAGUAACGCCGGUCUUACUGGAAAAAAACCAACAACCAAUCCUUGAGAAAAACACUGUGUACAAAACUCCUCCAUUCCGGCGUUGCUCCUACGACUAUUAUGCAAUUAUCUGGUCACAAAAACGUAAAUAGUGUAAAUAAGUAUGCCGUAGCUUCCUUUAACCAACAACGUGAAAUGUGCGAAACUCUUCAAAACGUGAAGAAGUCUGCUAUAUCUUCCAGUGUAACAUCCACAGUAUCACGUAGGCCAAUGGCGGAAACAUCACACAGUCAAAACCUACCAGCCGUCACAACUUGUCCCCGUGAGAAAGAGGUGCAAAAUCUUGCGACGGGAAUG